AUGGAAAAAUCAAUCCUCCUCAUCAAUGGCCCGAACCUCAACCUCUUGGGCACCCGCGAACCGCACAUCUACGGCUCAACCACGCUCUCCGACGUCGAAGAAUCCUCCAAAGGUCACGCAGCUUCGCUCGGCGCCUCCCUGCAAACAUUUCAGUCAAACCAUGAAGGUGCCAUUGUUGACCGAAUCCAUGCCGCUCGCGGGAACACCGACGCGAUCAUCAUCAACCCCGGUGCAUAUACACACACCUCUGUCGCUAUUCGGGAUGCCCUGUUAGGAGUUGAGAUUCCCUUCAUCGAACUCCAUGUGAGCAAUGUCCAUGCACGAGAGCCGUUCAGACAUCACAGUUACUUUAGCGACAAAGCGUCAGGCAUCAUUGUGGGACUGGGUGUGUAUGGGUACAAGGUCGCAGUGGAGCAUGUUGCGUUGAACUUCAAGCCUCUGGAGAAAAAGGCUGCUCUUUAA